UCUUAGUUGGUUUGUUGCUUCCUUUUCCACUUCCUACGCUUCUCUAUCUUCGUCGAUCAACUCGCAAUCAUCAGUCCAAAUCUGGCUCUUUGGGCUCUACGCCCCCAAAUGCUCCCAGGAGUUCUCUGUUUUCUGCUUCCUAGGUCUCUUCGGAUUUAACUUUCUCUGAAACCCCAGCUGCCCAUUUCUCUGUUUCCUUCUUGUUUUCUGGAAUUUGGGUCUCCGUGUGUUCUGCAUUUCUCUGGUGUUGGGAGAGAGAUUUGUGGUGGAACUGAAAUUUUAAGUCAUUUGGGUUUCUAAAUUUGUUGGCAUUCAUCAGCUUACCUGUCUCUGAGAUUUAAAGUCUCAGCUUUUACAUGAUGGCGACUUAUGCAUCGAAUUAUGUUACCCUUUCUGAUACUAGAAACCCGGUGGGGGUACUAACAAGACUUGGGGGUCACUUUGGAACGGAGAAUCACUUGGGAAGAGUUAGCAGCUUAAAAGUGCCUGAGGAGUACGGUUUUAUGGGUGUAAACCUUAAGUCAAGUUUGCUUCAUGUUAAGUGCUCAAUCAACUCUAAGAGUGUCGGUUCAUAUCAGAAUAAUAGAGACCCUUUUCUGAAUCUACACCCUGAAGUUUCAUUGCUUAGAGAGGGAAACAAUACAUUGAGCAACCCUAGAAAAGAUAUUUCAGGUGAAGGUGUCACUGAGAGUUUAAGUGACAAAUCUUCCCCUAGUAAUGGUGAAGCAAAAAUCAAAGUUAUUGGUGUUGGCGGUGGAGGGUCAAAUGCAGUUAAUCGCAUGAUAGAGAGUGCAAUGAAGGGUGUGGAGUUCUGGAUUCUUAACACUGAUAUUCAAGCCAUGAAAAUGUCUCCUGUCUUUCCCGAGAACCGUUUACAAAUUGGUCAAGAACUUACCAGGGGUCUUGGAGCUGGUGGAAACCCAGAUAUUGGUAUGAACGCUGCAAAAGAAAGCAAAGAAUCAAUAGAAGAAGCACUGUAUGGAUCAGACAUGGUCUUCGUUACGGCGGGAAUGGGUGGAGGAACUGGAACUGGUGGAGCUCCUAUAGUUGCAGGCGUUGCAAAGUCAAUGGGUAUAUUGACAGUUGGUGUCGUGACAACCCCUUUCUCUUUUGAGGGACGAAAAAGGGCAGUGCAAGCCCAGGAAGGAAUCGCAGCUCUGAGAGAAAACGUUGACACACUGAUAGUCAUUCCAAAUGACAAGUUAUUGACUGCAGUUUCCCAAUCUACCCCAGUAACGGAGGCAUUUAAUCUGGCCGAUGAUAUUCUACGACAAGGUGUUCGUGGCAUCUCAGAUAUAAUCACGAUACCAGGACUGGUAAAUGUGGAUUUUGCAGACGUACGGGCUAUAAUGGCCAAUGCAGGUUCUUCGUUGAUGGGGAUAGGAACUGCAACUGGGAAGACGAGGGCAAGAGACGCUGCAUUAAAUGCCAUCCAAUCACCUUUACUAGAUAUUGGUAUCGAGAGGGCGACUGGAAUUGUUUGGAACAUAACUGGGGGAACGGAUUUGACCCUUUAUGAGGUAAAUGCUGCAGCUGAGGUUAUAUAUGAUCUUGUCGAUCCUACAGCAAAUUUAAUAUUUGGAGCAGUGACAGAUCCAUCUCUCAGUGGCCAAGUCAGUAUAACUCUUAUUGCUACUGGAUUCAAACGCCAAGAAGAAAAUGAAGGCAGGACACUCCAGGCACAAGGAGAUGUCACCCUUGGAAUCAAUCGACGGCCAUCCUCUUUCAUGGAAGGUAGUGCAGUUGAGAUUCCUGAUUUCUUGAAGAAAAAAGGGGGCUCCCGUUAUCCAAGAGCUUGAUCUCAUGCCUCAUGCCUCCAGACCUCUUCACCUCAGCAUCCAUCCGAGGGAUUUAAAUACGCCUCUGUAGAUACUAGACGAUAGAUCCUCGAAAUGCCAUUUGUUAGCGGUUUCUAGCCUUGAUAUUAUAUGAGUGCAUCCUCAUCCGAGUGUAUGUUUCCCAUUUUCGAGUCAUUUAGAUCUUGUUUUUCACCGAAGAUUUGAAUAAACGCCAUUGGCAUGUACAGCGUUUUCACUCUUGAAGGUGAGAUAGAACUUAUGAAGAAAUCAUGAAUGGCUUCUUUCAGAGAAAAUUCUAUCAGAAGCAACAGUCAUUGAAAUUUUGUCAA